AUGCCACGACCGGCGACCGAAGAGGACGACGUUCGACCGAGCACCACGUGGACUAAAAACCAAGACGUGGAGGUAUAUGGAGCCGUUGAGCCAACGAACAAAUCCUCAAUGACAACCCUUCAACACCCAGACGUUCAGUCCACUCCAACAAUGCCCAAAAAAGUUUCAUUCGCGGCUGAAGUUGACGAGCAACAAGAACGAAUCAGCAAAGAAAGUGCGCGACGGGAUGCCUGCUGUUCCAUUCAAUAA